GACGGAGGACCCGCCGGGGAAGGGGCAACUGCCGCUGUCGAAGCUGCUGGACCCGCAGGUGUAUUAUUGUUCUAUCCCUGGACUUGUAAAGAUCCACAGCUCCAGUGCCUGAAAUAUACCCACAUUUGCCAAGUAAAGUGACAUAACUUGGAAAAUUCAAAAGAGCAGACCUUAAGAUAUCAUGGAAGAUACCAGCAGUGUUGCAGUAUUGGUACCAGGUAUUGGUGAACAAGAAGCUGUACUGAUUUCUGAAACUGUCAUCAGUCCAUCAUUGGAAAUAGGUGAUGAACAGAGAAAAUAUAAAACAGAUCCACUUAUUGAUGUUAUCCAGAAAUUGAGCAAGAUUGUAGAAAGUGAAAAGUCACAAAGAUGCCUUUUAAUUGGGAAAAAACGCUCUCAUCCAAAUGCUUCAGUGCUUUCUCUUGAAACGCAAGACCUUUGUGAGAUUCCAGCCAAAACAAUUGAACUACCUGCUACUGGCACCAAAAGGACUGAGGAGCUGCAAGCAGAUUAUUAUAUCACUGACUAUUUUCCACAGAAUAAUAGAAAGACCAUGUGUUACCAAUGCAGUCUUUGUAAGUUCCUAUCUUCUUCUUUGUCUGUGUUAAAAGAGCAUAUCAAACAGCAUGGUCAGCAGAAUGAAGUGAUCUUAAUGUGCUCUGAGUGCCAUUUUGUAUCCAAGAGCCAAGAAGAACUUGAAGCUCACAUUUUAAAUUACCAUGGAAAUGAUGCCAAAACUCCUAUUGAAUCCAAAGGUCAGCAGUGCACUGGCCUCUCCAACCCCUCAAUUCAGGGAACAAUAGAAGGGAGUCUCAAAACAGUUGCGGACCUCACUGUGAACUUGGACAAUAGCAACAUGCAAACAAUCCGAGCUGCUUCUGUUGCAGAAAUGGGGAGGAGAAAAUGGUACACAUGUGAGCAGUAUGGCAUGUACCGAUGCUUGAUUUGUAGUUAUACUUGUGGUCAGCAGAGAAUGUUGAAAACACAUGCUUGGAAGCAUGCAGGGGAAGUGGAUUGUUCCUAUCCAAUUUUUGAAGAGGAAAAUGAGACUCUGGGCUUGUCAGACUCUUUAGCUACCUCAGCUCAAAGGGUUGAAACAGUAGUUCUUGCUCUAGAGGAUGAUGAGCUGGGUAUUCAUAAUGGGCAGUCUGUUCAGGUGCAGAUCUGUAGUUCAGAGCAGCUGUCAUGCAGAUCUAUUGAACAAAAUAGAGAAGUAAGUGGAAGCCUAAGACAGUCAGCUACCCUUGACCCCAGUGGAGAAGAAAUGUUGGAGGUGAUGUCUGAUACAGAGGACAGUCUGAUGGCUGAUAGCCUACUUUCAUCAGCACAGAAAAUCAUUAACUGCAGCCCAAAUAAAAAAGGUCAUGUUAAUGUUAUAGUGGAACGUUUGCCUAGUGCUGAAGAAACAGUAUUACAAAAACCUUUUCUGAUGAAUACGGACAUGGAAGAGGAAAAAAACCUGAUCUCCACAAAAACCCAGAUUGUGCAUGAAGAAACAGAUGAAGUUUAUCAUAGUGAUAAAAGCACUGUCGAAAUUGAAGAGGUGAUCAUAGGAUGGAGCAAUCCUGAGAAGAAAGACAGUGAGAUAAUCUCAAAUAAAGUUCUGGCUGCUGAUGAGAAUGCCCCUCCAGGCCGGAGAAGGACAAAUUCUGAGUCCCUGCGCCUGCAUUCCUUAGCAGCAGAAGCUCUAGUAACAAUGCCUAUAAGGGCUGCAGAAUUAACACGAGCCAGUCUUGGGCACUAUGGAGAUGUAAACCUUUUAGAUCCAGAUACUGGGCAGCGACAAGUUGAAAGUACUAUAGCAGCUUACUCUAAAUUGAUGUCUCCACUUAACUCUUCAGAAGUGUUAACUAGCUUUAACCAAAGUGACUCUACAUUGGUAGAACUUACAGAGAACAAACAGGAAUUAUCAGAAGUUCCUGUUAAAAUGGGUAUCAGCAUGUCCCUGCUCACUGUAAUUGAAAAAUUGAGGGAAAGGACAGACCAGAAUGCUUCAGAUGAUGACAUUUUGAAAGAACUGCAGGACAACGCCCAGAGUCAGCCGACUGGUGAUGCAAACUUGCCUGGAAGCAACUUGGUAGAAUUUAUCCCUAAUGCUGAUCGACCAUACCGUUGCCGGUUAUGUCACUAUACUAGUGGUAACAAGGGCUACAUUAAACAGCACUUGCGAGUCCACCGGCAGAGACAGCCUUACCAGUGUCCUAUUUGUGAGCACAUAGCUGACAACAGCAAGGAUCUAGAGAGCCACAUGAUCAACCACUGUAAAACCAGGAUGUACCAGUGCAAACGGUGUGAAGAAUCUUUUCAUUAUAAGAGCCAGCUGAGGAACCACGAGAGAGAGCGACAUAGUGUUCCAGAUAACUUGUCAAAAGUAAAUCCAAAUGAACCAAUAGUUUCAAAUGAGGCAGCUGAAGGAAAAUGUGUUCGGGAAGGUAAUAGAUCUUCAAUCCAGAGACUAUAUAAAUGUGAUGUGUGUGAUUACACAAGUACAACCUAUGUUGGUGUCCGGAAUCACAGGCGAAUCCAUAGCUCUGAUAAGCCAUACAGAUGUUCUCUGUGUGGAUAUGUAUGUAGCCAUCCUCCUUCUUUGAAAUCCCAUAUGUGGAAACAUGCAAGUGACCAAAAUUAUAACUAUGAACAAGUAAAUAAGGCUAUCAAUGAUGCAAUUUCACAAAGUGGCAGGGUUCAAGGACAAUCCCCUGGAAAGAUUUUAUCAGACAGCACUGAUGAGAAAGCUAAUUCUGUUGUGGGGAUUUCAGAGAAUUUGGUGUCAUUUUCAGAAACAGUUAACCAGGCUCCCAGUGAAGUUAUAGGUCCCAAUGAGAAUAAAAAACUUAGCCCAACAAAGAAUAAUACCUCACAAAGUUCAGAAAAGAACCCCAAACAGGCCCCUCCCAAUAUGGAAUACUGUGUUUUGCUCUUCUGUUGUUGUAUUUGUGGUUUUGAAUCUACUAGCAAGGAAAACCUUUUAGAUCAUAUGAAAGAGCAUGAGGGUGAAAUUAUAAACAUCAUUCUAAAUAAGGACCACAACUCAACUCUAAGCACAAAUUAGUUGGAAUAAUUUUCCUAGCAAUAGCUCUACCUUUGUUAAUGUCAGCUGAGGUACUAAAGAGGAAAUUACUUGUGUGAUAUUUGUGUAAGUGGCAAGUGUGACUUUGGUGAACUAAAUCCCUAUUGCAGUAAGAGAAGGAACUCUAAAUGGGCAAUACUCAAUAAAGAAUAAAUAGUCCUAGGGGGAGCAAAUGGGAAAGAAACAAAGAAGUUUGUACCUACACUGUGUUCCUCCAUCUUGUGCCAAAUAUUUGCAUUUCUAAAUGCCUAUUGUAGACCUGAACAAAGGAGUUAAUAUGAAGUGUUUUCAGGAACCAUUGUAGUAAAAAUAUAUCCUUUAUUUUAGGUAAAGAUUAUUUGUCCUCCUUUCCAGCUGAUGGCGUAGCAAUUUUUGGGGUAGAGAGGAAUUUUACCUAAGAAAACUAGGUCUGUUCACUGUUACUGACAAGGAGGGCAGGAUCAGAAGGGAAGCAAGUGGACUUUGGGACGAGAGUGUUUUCAGAGAAUCUUAUUAACUAUCUUUAGAGUAUGUAUUUGGAAUCCCAUACUGAACUAAAAGGAAAUAGUCAUCCAGUCAAGCUUGGCAUAAGUAAAAUUUUACCCUAUUUUUACAAACAUGAAACCAACCACCUUUAUAUUCAGGUGUGGUUUGCAAGUAGACAUUUUAAAAGUAUCUUUUCAUUUACAUGUGUGGGAUCAUUUUUAAGGGGGGAUAAGGAAGAAAUAAUCAGGAAAUCACCAAAAAAAAAUGGAAAUCCAGUUUUAUGGAAAUGGUAACUAUAAAAGUACAGUACUCAUGUUGCCACUAAAAGGCUGUCUCUGAGUGAUAUUCAGAGCACUGUAGUUUUCUAAGUAAAAUCAACCCCAUCUCCCAAGUAAAAGCAAGCAAGCUACCAGAGGCUUAAUAAAACUUUAAAUAAGAAGAGUUUCAUUUGUUGAUCACUAAACUAUUUUUCUGACAGCUAUCCCCAUCUUUAAUUGAGUGAGAAAGUAUGUGAUAGUUUUUCCUUGAUAAAUGGUUUCUCUUUAAAUCAUUUCAGAAGAUAGAGGGAGAAAUUUGAUGGCUCUUAAAAUGAGGGCUUUUUUUUUUUUUGUAAAGUUAGUGAAUCUGAUGUUUUUAUAUUUACCUGUGCAAAAGUAGGAUAAUAAGCAUAAGUGCUGUAUCCUGAAAAAUUCAGAUUGCCUAUAAAAGUUUAAAUAACAAACAGGGUUUAAUAGUCUUUAAGGAUAUGUCUUACCUAAGAAAAAUCUAGAAAAGUUUAGAGUAUUCUGAAAGAGCGAAAUGAAGAACUGAUUUUUUUUUAAAAGGAAAUUGCCUCGAAACCUGCUAUCACAUAGGUGCAAUUCUCCCUUCUAGUUUUUCACAAAUUACAAGUUUUGUGUAAGAAACUUUAUUAUUAAUGUAUUUCAAAGAGUGAUAGUAAGAACAAUGUUUCUUUUGUAUUUAUUAUCACGUAUUUAUGCAUAAUUUCUGUUACAGCUUAUUUCUGUAACUACAGAUCUGAAAGGCUGGUGUACACCUAGUGCACCAUGUUCGUGGUGCUAUUUCUGCAUUUAUUUUCUAAUAUCCUCCUUAUUAAAGACUGUGAUGCUGGGCAACUUAGAGUUUGUCGGGGUGUUGUAUAGACACUUCUUACUUGAGGUAGUAAAAUAAGCUCAAGUCUACAGAAUGGAAUUAAAUUUUUAAGGUGUCCUUAUGAAUACUUUGAGUUAUAGCAGUGUCUGAUUUGUGUUUCUUACGUUAUAAUUUGACAAUGACUUAGGUUACACGUGCAUAAGUGUGUUAAAUAAAAUUAAGAUUUUGCAGCAAUGUCAUAUAGCUCAUUAAUUAAAAUUACCUUUUACCCUUUCAUUGAAUUUAAGUCCACUUACGAGAUUUUUUUAAAACAGAUUUCCAAACAUUUGGAUGUAAUAAAUAUAUCACUGAACCCAGUGUGUAUGGAAUAACAAGAGAAUUUUACAUUUUCAUAGUCUCAUCUUUUCUGAAUCAAAAUGCAACAUAAUAAAUUUUGAAUCAGAGUCAAAUAUUUUAAAUGGUACCAUUGUCAUCACAGUGGUCAGCACUGAUAUUGUGGGCCAGAUUAUUAUUUCCAGUCAUUUCUGUAAAGUUAGAGGAGAUAGAGCUUAGUUUUAUCAGGUGUAGAAAGAAGUAAUGCUGAAAAUGGUCAACCUUAAGGAAUUCCUAUGUUAAAUAUGCAACAUAGCAAUUCAUUUUUGUGGUUCCCAUUUUAUAUAAUUAUUUGGGAGGGAGAGAAGCCCUGGUAAUCCCCAUCUCCCCUUUCCCCGUCUAUGAAAAUAUAUAUGUGUAUGUGUAUGUAUAUAUAAUAUUUUUUUUGCCUAUUUUUGGUGCCCUCAAACCAAUUCCAUUGAUUGUUCUUUACAUUUUCCACAUGGGAUCGUGAAUUUUAAAAUUGUCACAGGUAAUGGAAAGAAAAUGAAGGCCACAAAAAUAGUCAUUAAAUUUGUAUCAAGGCCCAUGGUUUGAAUCCACAGAGUUUUAUUUUCCCAUUAUUUUGUGAUAUGCCUGAGGUUAACAACUGCAUCAAACCAAAUAAUAGAAUACUUUUAAAAAGUGAAAAAGUAUUCUAAAUAUUCAAAUGUCAAGGCUGUAAUUUCAACAGAAUUAAACAUCAAAAUGACAAGUAGGAAACCCCCUUUAUAACAAAGGAAGAGAUUAGUGAUUUCAUUAGUCCAAGAUCUUUUACAAAAUUGUGUUUUAAGAACUCCACACAUUUAAGAUUGCCAGAAUUGAUCCUGAAAGCAACUUUUUAAAAAAGUUUCUUGAGUGAGACAUGUGAUAAUUCUAUAAACAACAGUGUUAUAUUAUUUCUCUGAUGAUCCAGAGACCCUUUUGUGUCAGUGCAUCAACAACUAGAAAAUUACUAUACCACACUAUACUUGAGCCUUAUGUUUUCAGUUCUCUAGCCAGCCAAUUUAAUUUAGUGACCCUUUCCGUAACCUUUGUUCUCAAUACUUUAAUCCUGUUUGAGAUAGAAAAAAAUCAUUCCAAAACCACUUAAGAGUUGUCUGUACUAGUGAAGCAAAGCGGUGGGUCCCUGUGUUUACAUUUCAUCAUCCUACAAUGUACUUGGAUUGACAAGGAAGAGCAAAUGCCUCUCUGAAGAUUCAUAGAUUUUUCAAUUUUCACAAGCACUUAUUUAAUUAAUCCUUAAAAAUGUACAGCAGGUGCUCAAAGUAAUGUUAUGUAAAAUAUAUUUAAUAGAAAUUUGAGUUUAAUAUUCAUGGACAUGGAUAUAUGUAUUUUUUUAAGAAAUAAGCAUUGUAUAACACUAUGGCACUGCUUUUAUAGCCAAAGCAUUAAAAUCUUUAGAAAACUGACAUGUAAAGAAUACAGUUAAUUUUAACGCUGUAUCUUAUUAAAAUAGGAUGAUCUGCAUUUUAUGAAAUUAUCCAGCACAUUAAGCUGCAUGCCUUAAAGCCUAAAAUUCUAGGAUUGUGUUCAUGAUGGAACAGAACAAUGAAGCAAAUUCAACAAUGCUACCUUCUGAAAUACUGUAUGAUGUUAGAAUAAUUUAUUUUGCUCUACAGGAGUUGUCUUGUAUUGACUUUAAUAUUGUAUUUUGGUAAUAAACUUUUUGUUAAAAAUA